AUGGAACUGAAGAGAGGAAAGACCUUCAUUAAAUCCAGCCUGCAGAUUUCCCACGAGAAACCCUCAGACCCAGCAGCUACUGCUCUGACCAUGGAGGAUGCAGGUCCCCGGUCAGUCUCACCAGGAGGGCAACAGCAGCCCCAGAGUGAGAGGGCCCCACAGGUUAGUCCCAGCACCCAAGGGUAUGACAGAUACCCCAGUAAGGGAGCAGAGCCAGAACCUGAGGUGGGGGCUGCAGCCUUCUGUGGGGCCACCUUCAAACUGGUGCGAAAGAGUAAGACUCAUGAGAGUGUGCCUGGGGCUGGCAGGGCGAGCACGGCCACAGGGCAGCUGGUGGGCAGCACAAGCUUCCCAGGGCCCUCCAGCAGCCAGCGCAUGAUUGAUUACCGCCACUUUGUGCCCCAGAUGCCCUUUGUGCCAGCCGUGGCCAAGAGCAUCCCAAGGAAGAGGAUCUCCCUGAAACGACCUAAGAAGUGCUUUCGGAACCUAUUCCACAUUCGCAGAAACAAGACUGAGAACUUGGCCUCACUGGUGACCAAGGGGGAGAGCCUGUCCUCCUCUAGGGGCCCAUCAGAGAAUGGGGGGCAGCCAGGUAAAGCCUUCUUCCCCUUAGGUGAGGGGCUGGGGCCAGACAGCCUGUGUCAGGACCUAUCUGACAGUGAGCUCCUCCUGCCUGAUUCUUCCUUUGACCUCUGCAGGGCCCUGUGUGAGGAUGUGGCCUCUCUCAAGAGCUUUGACUCUCUCACAGGCUGUGGGGAGAUCUUUGCAGAUGAAAGCUCAGUACCAUCCCUGGAGCUGAAUGAGGGCCUGGAGAGCCCAGCCCAAGUAUCACAGGCCCUUGAAAACAAGGGUCUGAGGGGUCCCUUCCAGGGCAGCGUGGAACAGCUGGCAUCACCUGCCCAAAAUGAGAUGUCUGACUUUGCCAAGUUCUGGGACAGUGUGAAUCACUCUGUGAGGCAGCAGCACCAUGCCCUACUGGGCCCAUGGCUGGGGACAGACACAGAUCGGCCCAGGCUAGAUGCUGCUGGGCUUGCUGAGCUCCCCCUGUGUCCCUGCAGAGACCCCUACAGUGGCUCGAAAGCCAGCUCCAUAGACACAGGCACCCCUAAGAGUGAACAGCCGGAAUCUGUGUCCACAAGUGAUGAGGGCUACUAUGACUCCUUCUCACCUGGCCUUGAGGAAGACAAGAAGGAGGCUUUGAGCCCAGGCACACGUUCAGCUGUCUUCCCCCGGGACAGCUACAGCGGAGACGCCCUCUAUGAACUCUUCUAUGACCCCAGUGAGGGCCCUGUUGGCCCAAGCCUGGAUGAUGACCUAUGUGUGUCUGAGAGUCUGUCAGGGCCAGCACUAGGAGCACCACUGUCCAUGUGCAGCUUCCAUGUGGGGGCGGAGGAGAACUUGGCCCCAGCACCAGGCCCAGACGUGCUCAGCCAGGGCUUUUUGCAAAGUUCCUGGAAGGGCAAGGAGUGUCUGCUAAAGCUCUGUGACACUGAGCUUGCCAUCACCAUGGGCAUUAUCAACUGGCUUCGCCGUGGCCCUGAGCUCCGUACCCCACCUGCCUCAGCCCCUGGGGAAACUGCAACCUCACCCAGGGGGCAGGUAGAGAAGCUAGGAAGCAGGGGGGUUGGGGCUUCAGAUGCAAAUAGAACCACUGUGGGUUUAGCACCCAGCAGGCGGGAGCUGUGGGCACAUUCAGGUACCAAGGGCCCACUUGCUAGAGAGAGCAAGGGCCUAGCAGGACCUGAACAAGGAACCAGCAGUCUGUCCAGGGACCCAUCUCUGGAAUGUGUACAGGUCUCUGGGGAAGGAGGGACACAAGGCUGCCAUGAAAGCUUGUUCUCUGUGGGGUCUGCAGCCUCUGCAGCAACAGACACUUACCGCAAAAACAAGCUCCCAAAACCUUGGCCUGGCUUCCAGGAGUCCAGGCCACCUGGGAAUCUGGAGUGUUUCCAAGGUCCUUGGAGGUCAGGUCCUGGAGGAAGCACCUUUAAUGUAGAGCCUUCCCUGACAGGCUGUGUGGCCCAGGUUGCAGCCCUGCAGAUCCACUCAGACUGCCAGUCCUCUACUACACAGUCCCCAAGGCAGGACACAAGCAGUGGGCUCUGUAGGCAGCCUCAGGCCAGGAGCCCUGAAAUUCUCCAGCAGAAACAACCUAACAGCUUCCCUAACAUGUCAGUUGUGUGCGGCCUGCCCUCCCUGGCUAGUCCACUCCAUAGCCCACAGGACCAGAGGUGCCUAGGCCACAUCCUAGACCUUAGCCGGCUCAGGGUUGAGCCCACAAGGAUGGAUACCCAGGCUCAUCGUGCCUCUACGGAGGAUCAGCCCCUGCAGCUCAGUUCAAGGGCUGUGAAUCAGGUGGCACAUAGGAAUCAGCUGGACUCAUAGCCCUGCUUGGUUGCUACACAGCUGAGCCCUAGGGGCCAACUGCCAGGAAUUUUGGGCCUCACUUCCAACAGCCAGCAAGUGAUCCCCCCCUCUGCAAGUGCCCCAGAAAGUUAGUACAGUUUCCUGGCCCAUGAGGGCCUCCUUUGCAACCAGCCAGAAGCAGGGGCCCCUAGGCCAGCCAUGGCUGAGCCUCACCUGUAGCAUGGGCCCUCACUCACCAAAAACUGUGUCUUUGUGGCCACGUUCAACAAAACCUAACACCCAAAUCUCCAUCCUUUGUCCCUGAUGUAAGGACUGUUGGGGGGUUGGGGUAUCAGGACACAGGCAAGUGGAGCAGAGCAUUUUAAUGUGGAGGCAUCCUCAACCAGCUCAGCCAGGCCAGCCCAAGACCAAGGACAGCUGCACCACUGCCAUUGCUCUCAAAGUGUACUUCACUGAUUUCUCCACAAAGAAAUGAAGACUCCAAUCCCAACUGGCUGUGAAGUGGCCAAACCUGGCUUUUCCUUAUACAGCAUGUUAGAGAGAAGAGCUCAGGCUUGAACCUGAUGGGAAGAUAGCAGUACGUCUUAUAAAUGGGAAAAGUAGAGGGAGCCAAGAAAUCUACAUAGGAGUUGAAAAAAAAUAAGUGUAUGGUCGAAGGCUUAGAGGUGGGAUAUAGAAUGGGAGAUAGGCAAGUUGGGGGGCUGUGGAUGAGCUCAGUAAUGCCCACCAGCCCCACACCAGCCUAUUCUCUACCCCCAGAGCAGGCAGCCAUAGUGCACUGCACUAGAGCCCUGAAGGACUUCUUGUGGAAUAAGAAGCAGGACCAGCCUCAUUUCACUAAAAGCCUUGAAUCAGCAGACUGUGCAACCUUGCCAAGGCUAGACCUUACAGACCCUAGUCGGGUGUUGGUGAAUUCUCUAUUAAAAAUCAGACCAAUAAAAAAAAAUCAGACCAAUAAUUUUCCCCAACCCCUCUAAAUGAAGCCAAGUAUGGCAAUGUUCUUAGGAAAGGAGCUGCUUGAUUGUCCACAACUCUACCAUUCUCACCAUUCCACACUCUCAGCAUCUUUGCCUCCCCAUUCAGGAAAACUUACCUUGGAAUGCAGCGGUAACUCUCAUCUUCCUGAAAUCACAACAUGCACAGCACCAGAUGUUCAGAAUCAUGAAGGGAAAAGGUGGCCCACAUCCUCAGAAAAGGCAGGUGCCAGAACAUCAGGUACAGUGAUAGACCCUGUAUCAAGGCCCUCCUAUCUCACCUGACAUGCUGCAAUGAGAUGCAAAGGAUGGGAUGCCACAGACAUGCAACUGUUUCUAGAGGAAAGGUCAUCAUAGAAGGAGGUAGGUCAGGUGGUGGGGGAGAAAUUCCAGCCAAAGGGAUGCAGUCUGACAGCUGACCACAGGUUGCUGCCUCUCCUGAUUGCCUGAGGCUUCACUUCAGACUAGAGAAUGUUCUGUGGCCCUCAUUAACAAGGGCUUACUGGGGCCUACUGUGAACUUCUGUAGGCUCCUGAGCAGGCCCAUCCCUGUGACACUGAGGAAGAUCAGACCAGACUUCCUAGAAAACCA